AUGGCUUCGGGUUUCAGAAGCUGGUAGGCGGUACUAACUCGGGGAGUGCGCGCAGACUUUCUCUAGUUCUUGAGGAUCCGAGUGGGGGUAUGAUUUCGAAAACUUUUGAAAGUAUAAAAUUAACCCCUGAAAAACUUAUCUUUCACAUCCUCGCACGGCCAAAAAAUCCACAAAAUAAUGAAAAUGGCAAAAAAUCGAUCAGCGUUUUUUAGUUCGCGAAAAAUAGAAAAAUAUUAGCGGGGUAGAUCAAAAAAAAUUUUUAAUCAGAAAUUCAAAAAAAAAAUUUUUUGCGCAACGGCGAAUGGAAAUAAAACUUUUUGUUCUUCUUCCCCCUCCUGCAGAAAAUAUAAGGGAGUAGAGAAUAUGCGCUCUAAUGAUAAUAUAUGCAAGAGGACAUUUUUUUGAAAUUUUAUCGCGCGUAGAAUUUGGUGUUUGCGGGCAGUCGGUGUUGACAGACUCACCAAAGAAGUUAUGAUAACUUUGCCGCUCGCAUAAAACACCAUUUUCCAGUGCCGAACAACACCAACACGUGGCAGAUUUCCGAGACUUUGCAUACUUUGGAAAUAUCACAUUGGGAACCCCAAAGCAAACAUUUCUCGUAGUCUUGGACACUGGAAGUUCGAAUCUAUGGAUUCCGGACAAAUCGUGUGGAACUAGCGAGAAAACGUCGGCUUGCGCAAAGAAAAAUAAAUAUGUUGCGGAAAAAUCGACGAGCUAUGAGGAAGAUGGGAGGAUUUUCAAUAUUAAUUAUGGAACUGGAAGUGCUAGCGGUUAUUUUGGAAAAGAUACGCUAUGUGUAAGGGUUUUUUCUUGGUGAGGGGGGGGGGGAAUAACAUGAGCAAUCUAAAGCCAAUAGAAUUUUGUAUAAUAUGAGCAAUCUUAAAAGAGCAAAAGGAAAAAAAAGAUUGAAAAUUUAUACAUGAACGGAAUAAAAGAUUGAUCCGCAAGACAGUGAGUAAAAAGGAGAGAGUGAGUGAGAGAAAGAGAGAUAAAUAGUUUUGAGUUGUCUCAUAGUUAGACUAUAAUUUAGUUUGACCUAGCUACAUAUAUGAAUGUUUUUGUUUUAUAUUUAGUUUGGUGUUGAGAAAAUAUUGUAUUCUUGUUAGAAUUGAAGAGUUUUUGUACACAGGCAAUCCGCGAAGGAUCCUUUAAGGACGCUUAAAGGACCGUUCAUCCUUUUAGCGGCCUUUUUUCAUCCUUAAAUUUCAAAGGAUGAAAAAGUCCGGAAAAAGGGAGGUCCAAAAUGGGCUCAUUUCAUGCUCGUAGUGAUAAUAAAUUGAUGUCCCACACUCAAAACACUGAAAUUAAAUGAUAUAAUCAUGAAACAAUACAAAAUUCCAACAAAAAUGUAACACUAAAAAAGUAUCCUUUAAGUGAGCUUUAAGCGUACUUGAAACGAUCCUUUAAGGAAGGCAAGCUCCGCCCCCUACACAAAAAAUAACAGCGCGCGCAGCUCGCCACAUGUCCGUCAUGCAGAUUAUAUAAAUAAAUCUUCUUUGCAAAAAAGGCAAUGCAGAUUUCUUUCGCAUAAGUCUGUAUUUAAUUAUAGUUUCGAACUUCUAUUUUUGCUUAUCAUCUGUACAACAGAUUUAUCACCAAAAUUUUCUAAAAUUUAAUAAAAGGUCCAUUUUUGAUCCAUCCUUAAACCGUCCUUAAAUCGAGCUUUGCGAUGUACUUAAAGCCCCCUUUUUUGCAAAAAUGAAAGGAUCCUUAAAGCGUCCUUAAAGGAUCCUUCGCGGAUUGCCUGUGAUAUAUAAUUUGAAUUUUUUUGCUUGAAAUCUCGCUAAUUUAAUUUUCCUUACAAUAAAAAAAAACAUUUCUUACAGUUCUCCGACACAACCCUCUGCAUAAAAUCUCAAGUGUUCGGCCAAGCCACGCAUCUCGCACCAUUCUUCGCUCGCCAAGAAAUCGACGGAAUUCUCGGACUCGGUUUCACCGAUCUCGCCGUCAAUAAAGCUCCCCCGCCUUUCAUCAACGCGGUGGCUCAGGGGCUCGUUGACGAGCCGGUGUUUACAGUUUACUUGGAGCACCAUGGCGGAAAGAAAUCGUCGAAGGGUGGAUAUUUCACGUAUGGUGGAUUGGAUGAUGAACAUUGUGGCGAGGUGUUGACGUGGAUUCCGUUGACAAAAGCCACGUAUUGGCAAUUUCAUAUGAAUGGGUGAGUGAAACCCCCUCAAGGGGGAAAAAUAAUGGGAGGGACUAGGUUUUCACUGUAUGCGAUUUCUAGUCCCCCUUCAGCUCGAUUUCAAACCUCCCAAAUUCCCAGAAUCGGCGUCAAAUCCUCAUCCGAACACAAAUCCGGUUGGGAAGUGAUCUCGGACACCGGGACCUCUUUCAUCGGCGGACCAGCCAACACAAUUCGCGCAAUCGCCAAAGCCUAUGGUGCAACUUAUGACAGUUAUGAUGAUACUUAUACAGUUCCUUGCUCGAAGGUUAAAAAUCUGCCAGCUUUGAAGAUCAAAGUGGGAGAUGUUGAAUUGGAGAUUCAGGCGAUCAAUCUUAUUGCUCAUGUUAGUAAAUUUUUUCUUUGAACUUUGAGAACGAGAAUUUUAAGGCAAGCCCAACUGAAUGUGACCUGGCAAUUUUUGACAUGUACUCUGGAGGUUUUGGCCCUUCCUGGAUCCUCGGCGACCCUUUCAUUCGACAAUAUUGCAAUGUUCACGAUGUUCAAAAUCGACGGCUAGGUUUGGCUAA